AUGUCUGACGGUAGGUCUCUUCCACCCCCAACCGAAAACGCCGCGCUGAUUGCCUCUGCAGCUGAUUUCGAGGCUGUUCGCAAGCUCCAAGCUGAGCGGAAUGCCGCUACAGCUGGGAAAAAAGGUUCUAGGACCUUUGAUUCGUCUAGCCAGCGCACUGACAACUCCACCAAGGCCUCCCUGACCGAAACCUUUGAUACCACUCUGUACGACCGCGAGGGUCCCGAAAAAUACGCAGGCUAUAACACGUCGAUCGCUGUUGAUGGCGAUGAAGAAAUGGAAGACGCGGACGGCGGUCACCGUCUGGUUGGCCAGUAUACCGCAACCAAAGAUCAGAUUGACGAGUUUGCCCAUGGCAAUGGCGUUGAGGAGGAGGAUAUCCUUACGGGACGCGAAAAGGCGGCCAGGAUUGCAGACCGGGAGACAGACUAUCAAAAGCGUCGAUUCAAUCGGGGCCCUCUUACGCCAACCAGGGCUGAUCCCUUUGCGGCGAACACUCAUGCCAAUGUGGAGACAGAUGGCCAGACAUACCGUGAAAUUAUGGCUCUCCGUGAAAUAGAGAAAGAAGAAGAGCGUGUCCAGAAGCUGAUCGCAGAGAAACAGGCUCUUGGCGAGAACGGUGUCCCUGAACAUGAGGCCACUCUGAAGUUGGAGGAUAAGGAAAAUGCCGAGGCUGGUUCGACAGUCUCUGUCGCCACGGGACGAAAGCGCAAGCAGCGGUGGGAUGUGCCUGACGAACCCACAGAAGCUGUUUCUGAAGCUCCUCAACCUUCGGAGACGAAAGCAAAAAGAUCGCGAUGGGAUCAAACACCCGCGCCCGCUGUGCCUGGCACCGCCGAAGAGGCUCCCAAGCGGCGAUCAAGAUGGGAUCAAGCUCCAGCAAUCGCAGCCGCAACACCGGUUGGCAAUCAAGGACUCGCGACGCCAAUGCAUCCGUCUCAAGGAGGUGGUGUGGCUAUGAUUCCAACCAGUUUUGGAACUGAUAUAUCUGCUCGAAACGCCCCUCUUUCUGAUGAGGAACUUGAUAUGAUGCUUCCCUCAGAAGGCUACAAGAUUCUUGAGCCCCCGCCUGGAUAUGCACCGAUCCGAACCCCUGCAAGAAAGCUCAUGGCGACCCCAGCUCCUGUUCCCGCGGCUGGCGGUGUAGGAGGGUUUAUGAUGCAGGAGCCUGAGAGUGCCCGCGCAUUGGGCAAGCAGCUGCCAACUGAAAUCCCGGGGGUUGGCGAUUUGCAGUUCUUCAAGCCCGAAGAUAUGGCAUACUUUGGCAAAUUGAUGGAAGGGGGCGAUGAGAGCACGAUGUCGGUAGAGGAACUGAAAGAGAGGAAAAUUAUGAGGCUGCUGCUCAAGGUCAAGAACGGCACACCACCCAUGAGAAAGACUGCUUUGCGACAGCUCACAGAUAACGCGCGGCAAUUUGGCGCUGGCCCUCUUUUCAACCAGAUCCUUCCCCUGCUCAUGGAGAAGUCACUUGAGGAUCAAGAACGUCACUUGUUGGUCAAGGUCAUUGAUCGUGUGCUCUACAAGCUAGAUGAUCUCGUUCGCCCAUACGUCCACAAGAUCCUUGUCGUCAUCGAGCCUUUGCUCAUCGACCAGGAUUACUAUGCCCGUGUUGAAGGUAGAGAAAUCAUCUCCAACUUGGCAAAGGCGGCUGGCCUUGCUACCAUGAUCAGCACUAUGCGCCCCGAUAUCGACCACGUGGAUGAAUACGUCCGGAACACAACCGCUCGAGCAUUUGCCGUUGUUGCGUCUGCCCUUGGUAUUCCAGCUCUGCUUCCGUUCCUUCGUGCUGUGUGUCGCAGUAAGAAGUCCUGGCAAGCGCGGCAUACGGGAGUCAAGAUCGUCCAGCAGAUUCCCAUUCUCAUGGGCUGUGCUAUUCUACCUCACCUGAAAGGACUGGUUGACUGUAUUGCGGACAACCUUAGCGAUGAACAGGCCAAGGUCAGAACCGUCACUGCUCUUGCUGUGGCUGCGCUAGCUGAGGCUGCUAAUCCAUACGGUAUUGAGAGUUUCGAUGAGAUUCUUAACCCACUCUGGACCGGAGCCAGAAAGCAGCGUGGCAAGGGUCUAGCUGCUUUCCUGAAAGCUGUCGGCUACAUCAUUCCUCUUAUGGACGAAGAGUAUGCCAACUACUAUACCAGUCAGAUCAUGGAGAUUCUCCUACGUGAAUUCUCUUCUCCCGAUGAAGAAAUGAAGAAGGUCGUUCUCAAGGUGGUAUCACAGUGCGCGAGCACUGACGGCGUGACGGCUAGUUAUCUAAAGGAACACGUGUUGACCGACUUUUUCAAGAGUUUCUGGGUCAGGCGAAUGGCUUUGGACAGAAGGAACUAUCGCCAGGUUGUGGACACGACUGUCGAUCUUGGACAGAAAGUCGGCGUGGGAGAAAUCCUUGAACGUGUGGUCAAUAACCUGAAGGAUGAGAGCGAACCUUACCGGAAGAUGACCGUUGAGACUGUUGAGAAGCUGAUUGCCGCCCUUGGGGCUGCCGAUAUAUCAGAGCGGCUUGAAGAAAGGCUGAUUGACGGUGUCCUCUAUGCGUUCCAGGAGCAAAGCAUUGAGGAUAUUGUGAUCCUCAACGGUUUCGGUACGGUGGUUAACGCACUUGGUACUCGUUGCAAGCCCUACCUACCGCAGAUUGUCAGUACCAUUCUUUGGCGUCUGAACAACAAGUCCGCUACAGUCCGCCAGCAAGCUGCCGACCUCAUCUCCCGUAUCGCAAUGGUCAUGAAGCAAUGCGGAGAGGAUGCGCUUAUGGGUAAGCUUGGUAUUGUGCUCUACGAAUAUCUGGGUGAGGAGUAUCCCGAAGUCCUCGGUUCCAUCCUCGGUGCUCUUCGGUCUAUUGUCACCGUCGUGGGUAUCAACCAGAUGCAGCCGCCCAUUCGCGACCUUCUGCCACGGUUGACUCCCAUCCUGCGUAACCGUCAUGAGAAGGUCCAAGAGAAUACCAUUGAUCUGGUUGGUCGUAUUGCUGAUCGUGGGCCCGAAUCCGUCAACGCUCGCGAGUGGAUGCGUAUCUGCUUCGAACUGCUUGACAUGUUGAAAGCCCACAAGAAGGGUAUCCGUCGUGCAGCGAAUAACACUUUCGGUUUCAUCGCAAAGGCCAUCGGCCCUCAGGACGUCCUGGCGACGCUGCUUAACAAUCUCCGGGUCCAGGAACGUCAGUCCCGUGUCUGUACUGCUGUCGCCAUUGGUAUUGUGGCCGAGACCUGUGCUCCGUUCACUGUCCUUCCGGCUCUGAUGAACGAAUACCGUGUUCCUGAGCUGAAUGUCCAGAAUGGUGUGCUGAAGGCCAUGUCCUUUUUGUUCGAGUACAUUGGCGAGAUGGCUAAGGACUAUGUCUAUGCGGUUACUCCUCUGCUGGAGGAUGCCCUCAUCGACCGUGAUCAAGUGCAUCGGCAAACUGCUGCUAGUGUCGUCAAACACAUCGCCCUUGGUGUGGUCGGUCUGGGAUGUGAAGACGCCAUGGUCCAUCUGCUCAACCUGGUCUUCCCUAACAUUUUCGAAACCAGCCCUCACGUCAUCGAUCGUGUCAUUGAAGCCAUUGAUGCCAUCCGAAUGGCUGUUGGCACCGGUGUGGUCAUGAACUAUGUCUGGGCCGGUCUCUUCCACCCAGCACGCAAGGUGCGCACGCCAUACUGGCGACUUUACAACGACGCCUACGUUCAGAGCGCGGACGCAAUAGUGCCGUACUAUCCUGAGUUGGAGGACGAUGGCCUGGCCAGGCCUGAGUUAUCGAUUGUAAUCUAA